AUGUCUGCCGAGAACAGCCCGCCCCUGCCGCCGGCCUCCCCGCGGUCUUUCUCCGCACUCCCUCAGAAUGCCUCUCCGCCGACCCCGUCGCCGUCCCCCAGCCCGCCCGCCACCCUCUGCAGCCGGCUGUCUAACGGCAGCCAGACCGCUCCCAGCCCCACCAACUCCCGGGGGUCCAUCCUCGGGGUCUCCUUUCUGGUGCAGAUCGGACUGACCAGGGAGACGGUCACACUUGAACCCGGAGACCACUCGCUGUCCGCUGUGAGGGAGCUCGUCUGCUCCAUCGUGGACCAAAAGUUCCCUGAAUGUGGAUUUUUCGGGAUGUAUGACAAGAUCCUUCUUUUUCGCCACGACCUGAACUCGGACAACAUCCUGCAGCGCCUGACCUCAGCGGACGAGAUCCACGAAGGAGACCUGGUGGAGGUGGUUCUCUCUGCUCUGGCCACGGCCGAGGACUUCCAGAUCCGACCUCACGCGCUGUACGUUCACUCGUACAAGGCGCCGGCCUUCUGCGAUGACUGCGGGGAGAUGCUGUGGGGGCUCGUCAGACAGGGCCUGAAAUGUGAAGGAUGUGGGCUGAACUACCACAAACGGUGUGCGUUCAAGAUACCCAACAACUGCACCGGGGUCAGGAAAAGACGGCUGUCCAACGUGUCCCUGCCGGGCUCCAUCAUGACCAUCGCUCGUCCUCCCUCCACAGAGUUCACCCCGAUACCACAAGAGGAGCGCCCCCUCCUGGGUGCCGGUAAGCGUAACUCCCUGUUGAGCGGCCGUCCCAUCUGGAUGGAGAAGAUAGUCCUCGGUCGAGUCAAAGUCCCGCACACCUUCUCCGUCCACACCUACACCCGCCCCACCAUCUGCCAGUUCUGCAAGCGCCUGCUGAAGGGUCUCUUCCGCCAGGGCAUGCAGUGCAAAGAUUGUAAAUUCAACUGCCAUAAGAGAUGUGCGGCCAAAGUUCCCAGAGACUGCCUCGGUGAGGUCGACUUCAAUGGAGAACCAACCAGUCCCAGUCCGGACUCGGAGUCGACGAUGGAGGUCGACAACUGUGACGUCAACAGUGACGGCGGUCACAGCCUGGACGAGCCGGACGAGCUGUCGAACGCUGACGAUAAACUCUUCUUCAUCGAGGGUCCCUGCACCGACAGCGAGAAGGACGACGAGACGCUCAGAGCCAUCAGCCCGUCCACCAGCACAAACAUCCCGCUGAUGCGGCUCGUUCAGUCCAUCAAACACACAAAGAGGAAAAGCUCCACGAUGGUGAAAGAGGGCUGGAUGGUGCACUACACCAGCAGGGACAACCUGAGGAAGAGGCAUUACUGGAGGCUGGACAGCAAGAGUCUGACCCUGUUUCAGAAUGAAAGUGGAGCCAAGUUUUACAAGGAGAUCCCCCUCUCCGAGAUCCUCCAGGUGGAGCCGGGACAGGACUUUGGAAACCUGCCCCCGGGCAGCAACCAUCACUGCUUCGAGGUCAUCACAGCAAGCAUGGUGUACUAUGUCGGGGAGGACAUCGGCGGCCUGCACCACAACCCUGUGCUGUCUGCAUCCGGAGUGGGGCGGGACGUGGGCCAGAGCUGGGAGAAGGCCAUCCGACAGGCGAUGAUGCCCGUCACGCCCAAGCCCAGCGUGGGGACCGGGCCAGGCCAAGGGAAGGACCACAAGGAACUCUCUAUCAGCAUAUCGGUGUCCAACUCCCAGAUCCAAGAGAAUGUGGAUAUCAGUUCAGUGUAUCAGAUCUUUGCUGACGAGGUGCUCGGCUCCGGACAGUUUGGGAUCGUCUAUGGAGGUAAACACAGGAAGUCCGGCAGAGACGUGGCGAUCAAAAUCAUCGACAAAAUGAGAUUCCCCAAACAGGAGAGCCAGCUAAGGAACGAGGUCGCCAUCCUGCAGAACCUGCACCACCCGGGGAUCGUUAACCUGGAGUGCAUGUUCGAGACGCCUGAGCAGGUGUACGUCGUCAUGGAGAAGCUUCACGGAGACAUGUUGGAGACGAUUUUAUCCAGUGAGAAGAGUCGCCUGCCCGAGCGCCUCACCAAGUUCCUGGUCACGCAGAUCCUCGUGGCUCUCAGACAUCUCCACUUUAAGAACGUCGUCCACUGUGACCUGAAGCCGGAGAACGUCCUCCUGGCCUCUGCAGAACCGUUCCCUCAGGUGAAGCUCUGUGACUUCGGCUUUGCUCGCAUCAUCGGUGAGAAGUCCUUCCGUCGCUCGGUGGUCGGCACGCCGGCCUAUCUGGCGCCCGAGGUUCUGCGCAGCAAAGGCUACAACAGAUCUCUGGACAUGUGGUCUGUGGGAGUUAUAAUCUACGUCAGCCUGAGCGGGACUUUUCCCUUCAACGAAGACGAGGACAUCAACGACCAGAUCCAGAACGCCGCCUUCAUGUACCCACCGAACCCGUGGAAGGAGAUCUCAGAGCAGGCCACAGACCUCAUCAAUAACCUGCUGCAGGUGAAGAUGAGGAAGCGUUACAGCGUGGACAAAUCUCUGAGUCACCCCUGGCUGCAGGACUACCAGACCUGGAUGGACCUCAGGGAGUUCGAGACGCGGCGGGGCGAGCGCUACAUCACCCACGAGAGCGACGACGCCCGCUGGGAGGAGUACGCUGACGAGAGAGGCCUGCACUACCCCAAUCACUUCAUCAUGUCGCCCAACCUGGAUGACAUGGACGAGGACCCCUAGAGGUGAAAGGGUCCCUCAAAAGUAAACGGGGAUCAGGUGUGAGGAGUGCAGCCGCCGAGAGCGACCGUGAUUGGCUGCUGUGUGAGGACACUGUGACACGCUCACUGCAGCUUUACUUCAGGUCAGAUAGUUUUUUAAACGUUUUUCCAGCUUUUUCUGCAUUUUUCUAAACGCCAAAACCAAACGGAAACUUUGAGCCAAAACUUGUAUGGAACAUCCAGGCUGCGAUUUCAGAGCCUUUUUAUUCACUUUCUCACCUCAGACACGAGAUUUGAACAACAUCGUUUUCGCUUUUUUUUUUUUUUUUUUAAUCUUGCUGUUCAGACGAGAUGUGGGAUAUUCUUCACGCCGUGUGACUCUAACUGGAACUUAAAAGAUUCAAACAUGUCUUAAAUAUAAACCGGCCCGACGUGUUUCUCGUUGGGAUGUCUUUGCACUUUUUUUGAAACUUCUAAUGUCCCCUGAUCAUGACUUUUUGAUUUAGUGAAAGUGAACUUCUCUCUUUACUUUUUAUGAAGAACGGAGAUCAAAUGUUCAAUCUCUGCUCCAUAAAAAAGUUGGAUCAAACAGGAUUCUUUGCUUCUAACGCAGGAGAAGUGGUUUUAAAGUUUCUACUGAGGUCCAUAAAGGAAGAGGGAAAAACAGGAUAAGCUUGUUUUUUUAAACUCUAUUUCAAGUCAUUACCAAAUGUUAGACUCAGGACUUUUUCAAACCAGUGCAGCUGAAGAGCAGACGCCGGGCUGCUGUAUUCAGAGAACUUCUCUGCGCCUCUUUGGGUGACGACAAACUGAGAAUGGAGCUGCUAACGUUUUGUGUCUUUCUGUGAAAAAAAAAAAAACCUGCCUGAGAAGAAAACCGAGACUUUCCCCCGCGGAUCGCUGCUGAUUCUGAUGAACGCCGGCCUGAAAAUUCAUCUUUAAACCGUUUAUAUUUUUGCAAGAAAUGUUGUUUCUGUCACGUGGAAGAUCCUCUUAGUGGGGAGAAAAAAAAAAUAUUAAAGCUGAAUGCUUUACUUUCAGAAAA